AGUAUCUACCAUCGUAUAGUUAGUGACCAUCGCGCACCAUGAAGAUCGUGAUUGUAGUACUAGCUAUUGCCAGUUGUGCGUGCGCUCAAUACAGACCAUACACGCCCGGCCAAAUCAUCCGAAUUCUACGACAAGAUCAAGUAGGACCCAAUCCAGACGGAUCGUAUCAAUGGAGUUACGAAACUGAAAAUGGUAUAGGCGCAGAAGAACAAGGUCGCGUGAAGAACUUUGGUAACGCUCAAUCGGAGGCCAUGGAAGCUACAGGAUCAUUCAGAUACACUGCUCCAGAUAACACUCAGAUAGUUGUAUCAUACAUAGCCAACGAAAAUGGAUUUCAAGCUUCUGGGCCUCAUCUACCGACACCUCCGCCGAUACCGGCAGCUAUUUUGAGAUCAUUGGAGUACAAUGCAGCUCAUCCAGAGGAAGAUGAGAGUCAAAGCGGAAGAAUAUACGGGAAAUAAUUAUGCUAAAGAAUUAUGAGUUUUAGAAGUGUUACUGCGAUCUCUGAUAUAAUGUUUAAUGUUGUUUAUAUUAUACGAGUACUAAGCAAUUGAUUAGAUUACCACGGUAAUCCAUA